GCCUACAGAUAGAAGUAGGUGUCCCAUCAUCACUCCAUCUCUAGGAUGUAGACGCCGAUAUAUCUCUUAGACGAUUGUUUCAAAUUUAUUAUUGCCCACAGCCCACAACCACAUCGACCCUAUAUAAACCGACGAGGAACCAUUUCCAUCCCAUCCCAACUCGUUCAAAACUUGAGAGCUAGUUCCUCUGAGGAAUCAUGGCUGUGAUACCUAUAGCAGAGGUGUGUCCCUAGAAUAGAGUAAGGUUGCUUGUAGUGUCAUAAGUGGUGUAAUGAAUAGGAUCGCUAGCGAAACCAUCUUGAAUGGAAUUGGAUUUCGAAACCAUUUUGAGUGGUGUAAUAUAAUUUUUCGUUGAAGUUUGGGUUUUAGCGUAUCUCUCCUAGGAAUCAUGGCAGUGAUUUUAUUGAAUAUGUGUCUUUAAAAUAUAGUAGAAUCGCUAGCAAAGGUAUUUUGCAGAAAGUUGUGAAAGAGAUAGUAUUGCUAGCAAGAAAACCCCCCCUCCACACAGACACACAUCCCACCCCACCCACAUACACACACACAAACAGUAAGUUGUGUCUUGUGAGAGAAUUUUUUUAAAAAAGAAAAAACUGUGGGAGGAACAGGGUCGCUACCAAAUUCAUCAUGGGGUAAGUUGCAGGGUACCCGGAGCAGGAUAGCCACCGUUCACUCAAAAAAGGGCCUACCCUUUAUUGCAUCACUCGACUCCAACUAUAGUCAACUCCCAUAAACAAAACUAGGCUCUCCUCUGCCCUCCCUUUCCUAAAAGGUCAACUCAUCUCUCCAUUCCCCCCCGAUCCCCAAAAUCCAAAGCCCGAGAGAGGGAGAGAGGAGAAUGGGCAAUGGCAUCACCAAGAAUCCGUGCUUCUCCGGCGACCCGUACGCCGCCGCCGUGGCGUCCGACCCUCUCCCGGACGACAGCCACGGCCACUCCUUCACGUACGUGCCGUCCUCCGCGGCCGCCUUCGACCACUCCCCGAGGUCCGCCGCGGCGUCCUCCGAGACGUCAUACUUCUCGCUCUCCGGCGCCGCCAUCAGCGCCAACCCGGCGACGUCCGCGUCGAUGCCGUCGUUCCGCCUCUACAACGAGCUGACGUGGCCGCCGUCGACGGCCUGCACCUUCGAGAGCUCCCGCUCCUUCGCCGCGGCGCCGCUCAUCCAGGCCGCGCCGCCCAGGCUGUCCAUGUCCGGGCCGCUCCACGCGACGUCGGGGCGCUUCUCCGAGGCGUCGGGAUCGGCCUCCACCGCCUCCGACCGCUUCUCCGACCACCCGUUCAUGGACGGCAUGCUCGACCGCGCCUCGUCGGCCUCCUCCACCGCCAGGCUCAUGCCCAGCUUCUCUCACCUCAUGUCUGAGCCCCGCGUCGCGCAGUCCGGCCUGAGCAAUGAGCGAUCGCUCAUCCGAUCCCUUGUCAGGGUCGCCUCCAAGCUCCGGUUUGGGGUGCCGCUCUCCGGCCGCCGGUCGAAUGGACCUGCCGAACCGACGACCAAGAGCGACGGCGACUACCGCUCCACGCCCAAGGGCAAUGUGGAGUGGGCGCAGGGCAUGGCCGGCGAGGACCGGUUCCACGUCGCCGUCUCCGAGGAGCACGGCUGGGUGUUCGUCGGAAUCUACGACGGCUUCAACGGCCCCGACGCAACCGACUACCUCUUCGCCAACCUCUACGUCGCCGUGCACCGCGAGCUCAAGGGCGUGCUCUGGGACGACAUACAAGGCGUCGACGUCGUCACGGACAACCUCCCGGACCCUGCUCUGGCCAAUGCCACACACCUCUGUUUCCUUGACGCAGGCGGCGUCGGCGGCGGUGGCGACGACGACCCCGACGCAGAGCGCAAGGCGAAGAGGGGGCGGAUCGAGCGCAAUGCCGAUGACGACGGCGCGUCGUCGGUGCACCGCGACGUCCUGAAGGCGCUGGCGCGCGCGCUGGCGAGGACGGAGGAGGCGUUCUUCGCGGCGGCGGAGGAGCGCGCGGCGCAGAGCCCCGAGCUGGGCCUGGUCGGGUCGUGCGUGCUGGUGAUGCUGAUGAAGGGCAAGGACGUGUACCUGAUGAACGUCGGCGACAGCCGCGCCGUGCUGGCGCGGCGGCGCGAGCCGGACUUCAAGGACAUCUUCUUCAGGCCCGACCAGGACUUGCAGCUGCUCAAGGCCGAGGUGAUGCGCGAGCUCGAGGCGCACGACAGGAAUGGCCUCCAGUGCGUGCAGCUCACUCCCGAGCAUAGCGCCGCCGCCGAGGAGGAAGUGAGGAGGAUCAGGUCCCAGCAUCUGACUGAUCGGCAGGCCGUCGUCAACGGCAGGGUGAAGGGGAAGCUCAGUGUUACCAGAGCAUUUGGUGCCGGCUACCUGAAGCAGCCAAAAUGGAACGACAGGCUGCUUGAAGCCUUCAAGGUUGAUUACAUCGGCGCCGAGCCAUACAUCAGCUGCACGCCGUCGCUGCGCCACCACCGGAUCAGCUCCAACGACAGGUUCCUCGUGCUGUCUUCUGACGGGCUCUACCAGUACUUCACCAACAAGGAGGUGGUCGAUCAGGUCGCCAUGUUCACCGCCGAGCAGCCCGACGGCGACCCGGCGAAGCACCUCGUUGGAGAGCUCGUCCUCCGCGCCGCGAGGAAAGCCGGCAUGGAUUGCCGCAGGCUGCUCGAGAUCCCGCAUGGCGACAGGAGGAACUACCAUGACGACGUGUCCAUCAUCGUCAUGUCGUUCGAGGGGAGGAUAUGGAGAUCGUCCGUUUAGGCUUUGCCAGGCCUGAACAAACGCCAGAAGCUUCAGAAGAGAGUCGGAUGCCUUGCUUCGUUUAGGCUAUAGUAGGCUACAGUAGACAUCGGAAAAGGCAAAACAAAACAGUAGUAGUGCCCAAGCACAUGUGCUCAACACCUAAAAAAAAAAAAGAGCACAUGUGCUGAUCUCCUAAAAAAAUCUAAAAAAAAAAAGAGAAAGAAAACCAACAAGUGCAUAAGCUGAUGUGCCAUGAUCGAACUGCCUAGUUCGAAUCAUGUGUUCUUCUUUGUUUGUUUGUUUUGUUUUUUUUUUUUUUUGCCGAAACUGCUGUACAUAGUUCGGCAGGAGGAAUGAUGGUAGGUUCAUGUAAUUAGGUUUUUCGGCAUGAUGGCGAUAUAAAGAAGAAGAAAGCAUAUGCCCAAUAAUAACUGCUGUGUUUGUCGGUCUCAA